AUGAUAAUGGAGACUUCAUAAAAUAAAUUAAAGCUUAGAUUAAUUUAAAAUUGUAACUCUGAUAAAAGUUGCGUCGAGUGUGAUUAAACAUAAUAUUUAUUUGAUGGAUAAUGUUUUGAUAUAUCAAAACGCCCUGAUGGGCUUUACUGCAAUCCUGAGAGUCGUAUUUGUAAGUCUUGCAAGGUUAAUUAAUGCAAAGAAUGCGACCAAUCUUUGAAAGCUUGCUUAAAAUGCUCGAAAAAAUAUUACAAUUAUAAAUAACUUUGUUAUGAAAUUACACCUUAAGGUACUUAUUGCGAUCCAUCCUCGCUUACAUGCUAAAGCUGCAUAGAAAAAUCUUGUUUGAGUUGUGAAAUUAGCUUAAGAAGCUGUAUCCUUUGUAAAAAUGGGGAAUAUCUGUAUGAUGGAUAGUGCUUUUAAAAUUAACCAUAAUAUAGUUUUUGUGUAAAAGAGAAUAACUUUAUGUACGAAAGUAUAUACUUCAAAUGCCUCGCAUGCUCUAAAAAUUGUAAAACUUGUUCAGGAAUCAACGAAGAUGAGUGUUUGUCUUGUAAACCGAAUCUUAUGAUGUCUAAUAGUACUUGCAUAUAAAACUUUAUGGUUUAUAAAAGUGCAAUAAGCUAAGAAACUUCAGAGAAAGUAGGAAAUUCUGUAUUAGAAAUAUCUUCAAUUUGCCUUGGUUCAUCAAUCAUUUUGAGUAUCUUAGAGGGGUUUCUACUAGGAAAUACUGAUACCAUUUUAACUACUCAUUUAAAUACAUUUAAGGUUCCUUUUAUGAUUUUAACUUCUACAACCUUUCCAUUACCGAUCUAUUUACUACUCAAAAACUAUGCAAUUGUGAAUCCAAUCUUUUACUUAGUUUCAUUCAAUCCAUUCAUCUCUUUAGUUGAAAAAUCGAACACGAGUUAUGAAAACUAUCAAUUCGAAAAUAAGAUUGUGAGAGUGUUACUAGAUUAAAAGUAUAUGAAAGAGGCUUCUCAAGUUUGA